AUGGUGACCUACACCAUCGACGACUGCAAGCAGCAUGUCUCGGACAAGGACUGCUGGCUGGUCGUGCACGGCAAAGUCUAUGAUGUGACCUCCUUCCUGGAGGAGCACCCGGGUGGCUAUGAUGUUAUUCUCACGUCAUCAGGCAAGGACGCCACCCAGGAUUUUGAGGAGAUUGGGCACAGCAACAGCGCACGGGAAAUGCUGAACAAGUACCAAAUCGGCGAGUACGCAGGCGGCGACUCGGCGCCAAUCACAGCCAAGGCAGCGGCCUCCAGCAGCAGUGGCGCCGGCUCGGGCAUUUCAUUCGGGCUGCUCAUCCCGCUGCUGCUGAUCCUGGCGGCUGUCUUCUUCCAGCUUUACCUGAAGAAGUAG